AUGCAAAAAUUAGUUCUAAGGUUAACAGAAGUAUCUGUCUUGGCUUUGGCAACCUCCAUAGCCUCUGCCUCUGACCCAAGUCCUCUCCAAGACUUCUGUGUUGCUUAUUUUCACACUAACAAAUGUUGUUCUUUUCCUAAUGCAGUGUUUGUGAAUGGGAAAGUCUGCAAGGAUCCUAUGCUUGCCAAGGCUGAGGAUUUCUUCUUUUCUGGGCUCAACGUUCCAAGAGAUACAAACAACCCAGUUGGAUCCAAUGUGACACAACUGAAUGUGGACAAGAUUCCAGGACUCAACACUCUUGGAAUAACAUUGGCUCGAAUUGACUAUGCACCAUUCGGCCAAAAUCCACCUCACACUCAUCCUCGUGGCUCUGAAAUCGUAGUAGUCGCUAAGGGAACUCUCUAUGUGGGCUUUGUGUCAUCGAACCAAGAUGAAAACCGACUGUUUACUAAGGUUUUGAAUGAGGGAGAUGUGUUUGUGUUCCCAAUGGGUAUGAUUCACUUUCAAUUCAAUCCAAGACACAUCCCAGCCAUUGCUUUCGCUGGUCUGAGCAGCCAAAAUGCUGGAACUAUUACCAUUGCAAACUCUGUGUUUGGUUCAGAUCCUUCUAUCAAUCCUGAUGUGCUUGCCAAGGCUUUCCAAGUUGACAAGAAUGUGAUUGACAAACUCCAGAAACAGUUUUGGUAUGACAACAACAACUAAAUUGGCUGAGGAGAAGA